UGUCCGUCAAGCAGGGAAUCAUGCCCCUCUUCCGGUGAUCUGCGUCACGUGCCCCUUCGAGUUAAAAAAAAAAAAAAAAAAGUCCCUAAGUAAUGACGUCACUAGCACAGGAGAAAAAAAAAAAAAAACCCAGAACCCGGAAGCAGGGCAUAAACAAGGCACAGGGAGAGUUAGGCGCACGGUGGUCAUAGUCCUGAUAUUAAAUAGGGCAAUUUUAUUUUUUUUUAAAUUCUAAAGUGAGUCAGUGAUGUGAACGAAAGAGCUGGACUGGGUGUCUUCAUAAUCCAGGAAUAUUGAGAAGCCAAGGUAAUGGGAGCAUGCAGUGUGUGUGUAUAGAAUAUAAUGGGAUUUACCUCUCUGGGGUCAUAAAAUAACCAGGCACACAGUCUAUUAUCUUCAUUAAUUACACAUUACUGCUAAACCAGGAACACAUAAAGUAAUGGGAGAUAAAAUAAUAAUAAUAAUAAUAAAAUAUUUGGAGGUCUGUACUUUAGUAUUGUGACUUAUUGUAAUAUAUAUAUAUAUAUAUAUCUCAUUUUAGAUGAUUUACAAAGUGUCUAAAUAGGGCAAGUGUCAAGAAAAGGCAAAGAUUCAUUGAUGACUAAUUCAUCAAAAACAGGUUUUGUUUUUUUACUUUUUCUACUUUUUCCUUUUGUAAACACUACAAAAUAUCAUUUUUUUUUCUAUCCCUCCAAUUUGCAGUUUUAUUGUUUUAUUUUUAUUUUUUUAUUUUUAUUUAUUUAUUUAUUUAUUUUAUUUAUCCAAAAAAACAACAACAAAUGCAUAUAUAUUGUGAUGCUAUUACCAGGAAUACAAAAGUGGACGUUGCAUUGUAAAUAUUAUAAAGAGAGGGACAUCGUCCCAUUGGUUGUACCUUAGUUCCGUAACAGAAGUAGCGUGUAGGCAUCAACAUAUAAAAACUUAUUUCAAAUUAACAAAACAAAUAAAUAUAUACCAUGUAAUCGUGGGUGAACACAAAGUAAAAAUGGAUUAAAAAGGAGAAAUAAUAAGAUCAGGAGACGCUAUGUUUGCUAGGUAUAUUUGUCAGUUUUAUUUAGAAUACUGAUAUUCUAUUGGUAGUAGAGCAUCCUUUUAGGGUGUAUUAUUGAAAAAUUAUGUGUAUCCCUUUGUAAAAAUAGCAUAUAUUCGUAUGCAAAUCAAGUGUGUUCAAUAAUAUACUUUUUUUUUUUAAUGCUGUCUUUCUUCCAUUGGAAUGUGCAGGUAGAGAUCAAAAUUGGAAACAGGGCGAACACUGCUAUGUUUAUAAAUGGGUUAAUCCAGUCUCUAGUGGCUGUCUCAUUGACAGCCGCUAGAGGCGCUUCUCACUGUGAUUUUUCACAGUGAGAAGACGUCCGCGUCCAUAGGAAAGCAUUGAGAAUGCUUUUCUAUGGACUGGCUGCGCGUGCGGCUCCUGCCGCGCAUGCACAUUCAGCCGAGGAGGAGGAGAGCUCCCUGUCCGGUGCUGGAGAAAGGGGUAAGUUUAACCCCUUCUUCCCCCUUCAGCCCGGCGGGAGGGGGCCCUGAGGGUCGGGGCACCCUUAGGGCACUAUAGUGCCAGGAUAACAAGUAUUUUUUCCUGGCACAAUAGUGGUCCUUUAAGAGAACAUUUUAAGUUUGGGACCAUGAUCCUUGUACUUGUUGGCCUUACUUUAAAUGGAUACUAUAGGCACCCUGACCCCUUCAGCUCAUUGAAAUGGUCUUACCUUAAAUGGAUAAUAUAGGCAUAUACAUACAAUAUAAGGUGGAGUAUCUGUCUUUUGGAACUAGGAUAAUUCCUGGAUCAAUAUAUUCCUAGAAAUGAAAUUUAAGCUGGCAUAAAAUAGUGCAAUAUAGCCAAUUCUGUAUAGUAAAGUGCAAUAGUAUGUGGAAAAUCACUCACAAGCGAAGAGCCACUGAAUUAGGCUCAGAUUUCCAGAUUUGUGGGUUAUAAAGGUACCCACUUCCUUCUUUUACUGAUAGGAGGUCUCAAGCAAUUGGAUUUCCUCACAAUGAUCAGUAUAAAUGUAAAGUGCUUUAUUGGAAAGUGCACAAAUAGUAAAAAUAUAUAAAAUAGAUAAAUAAAGAAAACCUUACAAUUCUGAAGGUAAGUCCUUUGUAUAAAGUCUUUAAAGAUAAGGAUAAUAUAGGCACCCUGACCACUUCAGCUUAUUGAAAUGGUCUUUGUGCAGUGUCCCUUAACCCUGCAGUUGUAAUUAUUGCAGUUUUUAAUAAACUGCACUCAUUACCUGCCAGUGUUAACGCCACCUCUUGUGGCUGACUGGACAUGCUGGACGCUAUGCAUGAGGACAUCCAUUGUCACCCAAAAGCGUGGUGAUCGCUGCUCAUGCGUAUUAUGUCCCCACCUGCUGGCUGACGUCGGCAGGGGAGGAGCCUCAACGAGCGCUGAGGGACAUCAGUGCUUGAAUCAGGUAAGUGAUGAAGGGAUUUAUAACCCUUACUGCAUUAUGGGGGUUUGGGGGAUGCAAGAGGGGUAUUAUAGGGAGUUAUAGUGCCAGGAAAACAACUUUGUUUUACUAGUACUAUAAUUUCCCUUUAAAGAGGAACUGCCACUUCUAAAGAAGUGACAGUUUCUUGUUCCUUCACACCAGUAAACAAUGUUUCAUGUAAAUAGUGCAGCAGAGGUAACUUGAAUCUUGCACAUUAGUGUUGCAGUGUCAACGCAUCCCAUGAUGCCUCAGAUGGGACUAUUGACGGACACAAUCACACUCUGCCUAUCCCGCACACAAGGCGAGAAGGGUGACUUUAUUGAUUCUUGCACUUGGAUCCUGUGGUUUUUUAGUUUCUCUCUGCUUUAUCUAUGUUUGUGCUUUUUACUUAUCGGUAUUUAUUAUGAAAGAAAAUCACAAGAUUCUGCUCUAGAUACAAUUCUGCAUCUUGCUCUUUUGGUUGUUACAUGCAACUUUAUAGAUAAGUGGAUAUGUUAUUUGAUAGUGAAAUUCAUUUUGAAGCAAGGACAAGUGUGUUCAUCCAAGAUGGCAGACAGUUGUACAGGUUAUUCGUUAACGAUUUUGAAAAGAACUUCCAUUUGUCUGUUUGUUAAGGCUAUUGACCGUUUAGUGACUGUGUAAGUAUAGACUAGCAGAUUGCUUUAUAAAAACAGAAGGAUUUACUUUAACCCCUUAAGGACCAAACUUCUGGAAUAAAAGGGAAUCAUGACAUGUCACACAUGUCAUGUGUCCUUAAGGGGUUAAACACUUAGAAAAUUAAGGAACAAGGUCUCUACAAUUGUCAUGGGAUUUAAUAAAAAAAAACAAAAUUAUUGCAUGAAAUUGAGGGAAGUAUGGUCUGCCGGGAAAGGAAGUUGGUUUCAAGAGGAAGAGAUAUAGAAAGUUUUUAAUAUACAGAGCAUUAAGAGUAAAUGAAAACGAAUUAUUAUAGCGUAAAUACAAUUUCAGUGUGUGCAGCCAUCACAUAGCCUAAUGAUGUAGGGAACUGAAGCAUUCAUCUCGUUGUGACUCCUAUAUGCUCAUGACAAAUUAAAGAGCGUCCUUAAGUGGGCAUUAAACUGCAGAUUGCUUGUGUUUGUGAACACUUAGUGGCUCAGUCAGACGUGAGUGAGACAUGAUUGUAUUACAUUGCGUUAUCUUUUAUCGCUUCACAUGUAAAUCAAACAAUAAUCGACUUAAACCUUACAUCAUUGAGAUAUUGAAAUUGCAUUGCAUGUUCAUUUUGAUUCCUUUCCACAGUCCUCCUAUCCCAGUGCAUCAUAUCAUGUUCUGUUUUCACUGUUAUUGUGUCUCCUUGAGAAAAGGGUUUAAGCUGCAAAAACACAACUACAACUUCCAUGACUGUAAGCCAGCCUUCGACCUCCCACAUUCCUCAUCAACUGCUAAACUACUUAAAUGUUACCCAUUUUAAGUGUUCUAUAAAAUUCUACAAGGAAAACAUGUUCACUAAUAUGCCAAACAUGUAACUGUUUGGCCAAUUGUGCAUCUAUUAUAAAACCGGUGAAAAAGGUUGCACGUACUUUACAUUUGAAAAAGUGUUCUGCAUACAUACAUAAACUUAUAAAAUACUUUUGGAGAAGCUGAUUUAGUCCACUGGCCUUGGUACGAAAUCACGCAUAUUGCAAUUUAUACUGAUAUUAAUUCUCAGGAACCUUUUGUGUAAACAGCUUUGUUUACUCCAAGAUUCUUGCAAUGAUGUUAAUGCAAAGCAAUACUGGAAAAGGCUAAAGCUAUCUGUUAAAAAUCUUAAUUUAUCCAGUCACAAUAAACUGAAAUGCUCUAGAUUGUAGAGUACCGUUAUCUGUUGUGUAAGGUUAUUGUGCAGUGCGUUGCAGUGAGUUGGUGUAAAAUAAGUUAUUUGAACACCUCUCUCAGAUGGUAUAAAUUUGCAAUGUAAUUUUCACCAGCUUGCCAAUGCAGAAUGUUCCCAUUUUAAGCAUAUUGCCAUUAUCUUAGUUUCAAUUGUACUUUUCACUUGAUCUCCCCAUUUGCAUCUUUCACUGAAGUUGGUGAGUCAUUAGAAGCAAUUUGGGAGUUUCCAGCCUGCACUUAUUUGUGUGAGUUGCAAUGACAUUGACAACCCCCAUUCCUCUCCACCCAGGUAUCUCCACAGACAUUCUAAUUAGGUUUAUUAACAAAGUAGAAAAGCAUGAACCUUUCUUCCAUUGCCACUAUGACUUUAUUGAAUAAAUAAUUCACCCAGUGUUUCCACUCCUGUGAUUGCUAGAGUCAGAUAUAAAACCAUAUAGAUCAAAAAUUGAGUAGUAAGAUAUUUAAAGUGGUACUCCAACCUUGCCCCCGUCAACCAAAUUUAACAGCGCCAAGGACACGAUCUCCCUGCAGCCUGAUUCUGUACUACUGAUCAGAUGGCUAAUUUACAAAGGAUUUACAUUGGCUACCCAGAAUUCUUCUUCUGGGCUGGAUAACAAUGUCACAAUGGUGCAGUUUAAAGUGGAGUUACAACCCUGGCAGCAGAUGGGUUAAAUUCAAGGCACAACACUUCACAUACAGACGUCAGGCACCAGGACCACUUCAAAUCAGUGAAGUGGAUAUGGUGCUUGGAGUAACCAUUUAAACUCAAUAAAUUAUCCAUUUAAUAAUUACCCAAAAGUUUCCACAAAAGUACACCUGCAUAUAUACUGAUUUUAUAUUUACUACACAAUAAAAGAAAGAAAGAAAACCCAUAUAGUGCUACAGUUGUGAUUUUGAAAAUGGAUAUGGUAAAAGGCACAAACUACACUAUUAUUUCUCUGCACAAAAGUGCAUAUUUGCUAAAAUUCCAGUUAACAUGGUACACUCCACCAGCCAACUCUCAAGCACCACAAGGCACAAAUUCCCAUCAAACUUCAAGUUCUGUUAUCCCAGUCUUGUCUUUCAGGCUGUCAAGUGGAUUAAUAAAAUGCCAAAAUGGAUAAAAUAAAAUAAAAAAUGUAAAUGUAUUUAUAUACUAUUUUACCAUGAUGGAUACAUUGAGAUUUCUCUCGUUUUUCAAGUAUGUCCCGGGUCCACAAAACAUUGCAUUGAUGCAAUAGGAUACAACAUUACAAAAAUAAAAUAUACAAACAAUAUAUACAAAAUAUUCCAUAAUUGAGGUGCUCUGUAGGAAAAUGAGGAUGGAGCCACUUUAUGUUUGUAAUAAUAUAUUACCACAAGCUGUGCAUAAUGCUCUUUUGGUAGACUUCGAUCUAUAUAUAACCUUUAAUCUCUCCGCACUAAAAGGAAUGACAAGAUACACUAUUAAAUUGGAAUAACAGAUCGCUUGAGCUGCCUUUCCUAUUUGAACUAAUGCAGAAAUGAUCUACCUUUCCUGUUUUCCUGGAAAUUCCAAUGAUGUAAUAAUACAGGUAUCAGUCAUUAUAACAGGUGCACGAAUGAGUGUGUACGAAUGGCCUGGCCUGUACAACGAAGGUAGCAGAGACCAAUAAAACAUAAAGCAGGUAAAUUCCACAACAGGAAAUAAAAUAAAAAAAAAUAUCAGAGAGUGGCUGUUGCGCCAAAAGAUAGAUCUGUAUAUAUAACGUAAACCAGAGAAAUGCUAAUAAAUAUUUAAAAAGUCUCUUCUUGUGGUGGAUCAAGAAGUACUGUGGUGGAUUAAUAAAUAACUGCACAGUAUUUAUAGGUAAUGGUAAACCCCAAAACACAACCACAUAGAACAAAAUAAGCUUAUAUUGUUGUAUCCAGAAAUAGCAUAAAACAUAAUAAGAGAACAAAUGGCAACUCACAUAAAAGGAGCUUCUUGGAAGCUCUGGUUGUACAGAACUAGCCAAUCAUGUUUACUCUCAUCUUAGUGACUCUUUCUUCAAGUCAAGUUCGAGCCCAUCAGAUAGCUAAAUGUCAAUGUAGCAAACUCUAUAACUCCAACCCACUGCUCAGGGAAUAGAGUAUGCUGGCUGCUCAGAAUUUAGGGAGCAUGCCCACUCUUCCAUCUGUUAGGGUAUGUCCUCUCACUUAUUUUUAGUAAAAACCCAUUUUAUUAAAUUAAAAAAAAAAAACAUUUUUUACCUUGAAUACGCUAGGUGAGUAUUUUCUUGAGCGUUUCCACAACCGUUGUCCCUUUAAAGAGAGUGUCUCUUUAAGUGUGAAAAUAAAUCCUUUCUCAAAGAGUUUACAAUCUAUGAAUAGAAGCUGGUAGCUUGUGUUCUUCAAAUAAAGCUGUGAAGUAUUAACCUACAUUAGACCCAUGAUCACUCUUUUCUGUAUAUGUAUAAAUAUAAGUGUCUGUGUGUGUGUAUAUGUAUGUAUGUAUGUGUAUAUAUAUAUAUAUUUAUUUUUAUUUAUUUAUUUUUUCUUAUUUUUGAAGGAUAAUGAUUUUACUGGGAGUGAUUUAAUUUCCCUCCCCUGGUCACAUCCUUAUUACUGAUGUCAAAAAGCAAUUAACACAACCAAAAUACACUGUAUUUCCUCCUUGUUAUCUUUAUUACUCCCCUGAUGAUGUGAGAAUCUAACCUCUUAUUUGCCGUGUAUCGUUUUAUUAUUGCUCUAUUUACAGUUUAAUCGCAGACUGUGUUAUUCAAUAAACCGCGGAUUCUGAAGAACUGUACAGGCAAUAGCAGAUCUUACGUCAAACUAGUGAAAUAAUUUUACAGUAUGGGUAUAUUGGAAUAAAGCUUGCAGAAACGCUUAUCAAUUCUUCACAAUUCCUAGAAUCCUGAAUAAAGCUCCAUUGUCGUGUUCCCUGGCGAUUCAGUCACAUUUUGGCUGGUUGGAAUACGCAAAUUGAAUCUGUUGCGUUCUUAAAUAAUGUGCCCGUCUCUUCAUCCAUUUCAUGCAUCUCCCUUGAUUAUUAUUGCCAUUUAUAUAGCGCCAACAGAUUCCGUAGCGCUUUACAAUAUUAUGAGAGGGGGAUUUAAUUAUUAAUAGGACAGUUACAAAAACUUACAGGAACGAUAGGUUGGAGAGGACCCUGCUCAAACGAGCUUACAUUCUAUAGUUGUUGAAUGUAUUUGGCUUCUAUAAUAUACAUGUACAAUGGUACGUCGCAAUGCAAUGAUUCAUACUGUGGACGGAUACUUACUCUCAUCUCUAUAUAAAUGUAUAGAUAUAACGAAGUGGAAACUUUUAUAGAAGUUAAAGGACCACUAUAGGUACCCAGACCACUUCAGCUUAAUGAAGUGGUCUGGGUGCCAGGUCCAGCUAAGGUUAACCCCUUUUUUUUUUUUUAUAAACAUAGUUUCAGAGAAACUGCUAUGUUUAUAAUAGGGUUAAUCCAGCCUCCAGUGGCUGUCUCUUGACAGCCGCUAGAGGCGCUUGCGUGCUUCUCACUGUGAUUUUCAUUGUGAAUGCUUUCCUAUGGACUGGCUGCGCGCGUGGCUCCUGCCACGCAUGCGCAUUCAGCCGGAGAGGAGGAGGAGAGCUCCCCGCCUGGCGCUGGAGAAAGAGGUAAGUUUAACCCCUUCCACCCCCUAGAGCCCGGCGGGAGGGGGUCCCUGAGGAUGGGGGCACCCUCCGGGCACUAUAGUGCCAGGAAAACGAGUAUGUUUUCCUGGCACUAUAGUGGUCCUUUAAUCUGUAUCUGGUAGAUUAGAAAUAUAAACAACCAUUGCAUCAUUGAGUAAACUUUAUACCCUGAGUGCACAGCUCCCUUUUAUCAGAAUGUGAUUCAUGCCUUGGUUCCCGGGUAAGAAGCUAUGUGCAUUGUGAGAGCCUGGCCACGUGUAGAAUAUGAAGGAUGUCUCUAGCUAAGUGUGAUUUAUGGCUCUGCUUGAUAAAAUUCACAGCAAGCGUGGCUUGGGAAAAUCUCAACAGACCUGAAUUUCCUUAGCCUUUUUCUAAAAAUGUAAUACUCUCAGGGUUAUUCAUUAAGGUGUGGUUUGUUGAGAAUACAAAGAAAAUUUAAAUUUUGAGGCCAAAAUAGUCAGGCUGAAAACAUAGCUGAUUCCUAAAUCAUUUUCCAGCUUUGGAAAACAAUCUGUAUUCUUGACAAGUCAUACUUUAAAAGAGAGCCGGACUGUAUUUCGGAUCUGAACCACCCUUUUGGGUGGGAUCAGUCUGAUAUGCAAUUGGCCCUGGUUAUUUUUGUAUUGGCACAAGAUGAGCUAAAACCAGUUUGAGACCUGAGCGGGAACCCACCGAAGGGCAGGCUAUUUGAGCUGUUGUCCGUUCUCAGUACUGUCUUGCACCUUGCUUUGCAUGUCUUUAGAACGACAGAGCAUCAUGGUAGCUGUAGUUUUAAAGGAUCACUAUAGUGUCAGGAAAACAAAGCAGUUUUCCUGACACCAUAGUGCCCUGAGGGUUAAAACCCCUUCAGUUACUUACCUUAUUCCAGCGCUGGGCCCCCUCGGCGCUGGUGACCUCUCCUCCCCCGCCGACGUCAGCGGAGCCGAAAGCACAAGUGCCGCGCGUGCAUUCAAAGUGUCCAUAGGAAAGCAUUUCUCAAUGCUUUCCCAUGGACGCUAUGCGCGAUGGAGGCAUAAUAUGCCUCCAUCGUCACAGAUGUUUCUCUAGUGGCUGUCCGGAAGAAAGCCACUAUAGGCUGGCUUAACCCCAAAUGUGAACAUAGCAGUUUCUCUGAAACUAUGUUUGCAUCUGAAGGGUUAAAACCUGAGGAACCUGGCACCCAGACCACUUGAGCUGAAGUGGUCUGUGUGACUAUAGUGUCCCUUUAAAACCUCUGGGGAUCUACCUUUUGAGUAGCCCUGCUGUACAGGCAUUCUCGUAGCUCUUUGAGUGAGGGCCUACACAGCUGCUGUGUACAUGUGCAGCAUUGAAUAGUUUCAUUCAUUUAAAAAAAAAAAAUUGCAGCUUUUAUAUACUUGGUGAAUAGAUCCAUCCUAAAUCUUUACAUGCCUGAAGUAAUUUGCAAAUUUAGUCAUAACUACUACAUAUCACAUAAAUUCCUGCAAUUAAAGGGUUUGCAGUACAUACACAGCACUCGUGUUGAUGGCUGGACUGAACAGCAAAACCCACAUACUGGCCCCUUCACAAUGUACACAUUUGCAGCAAUCCCGAAAACCAGAAAGAUUCUUGUCCCUUUUCAAUAGGCAGGACUCGGAGCCAUGCAGCCUAUAUCUUCAAAAGGCUGAAAAAGCACCUGUUAUAGCUACUGAUCAACUAAGGUAGAAUGUCAGUUUCCUGUGUGUUGGUGCAGGGAGUUAACCAGUAAACACACAAAAUAUCAUGUCUGUGUUUGGGUUUUAUCGUCUCCCGCUGGUUCUCAACGCGUUUCAAAGGUAAACUUGGUAUCAUGAUUUAAUAGAAACCGUCACUACUACUGCUUUAUUAUUUUAUUGCUCAUACACUGUCAUUGUUAUCGCUGCUGCUUCUUCUGACAAUUUGUGCUUGAAAUUGUCUUUUACUGCAUUAAUAUGUGACAUUUGUUUGUUACGAUGCCAUUCAGAAUUAAAUAGAACUAAAUAAAAGUAGAUACGCAAGGAUAGAUCAUAUUAAUGUUAUUCUUUGGGAGUGCUAGCUUUUAGUUGGUGAGAAAUUUGUCUCAAAUAUGUGUACGCGGAACUGUAGGUAAUCUACUUUCAAAUGCAAUUGUGAUAACAAGAAUACGAUAAUAUCUGUUUCUGUUAAUAUUACCCUCCUCUACAGAUUAACCAGGGCCCCAUUCCUAUUAAACAUGGAACUGCAAUCCUUGCUGUAUUUGCGUUUUUUACCAGCCUUGUGUGUUGUUAAUCAGGGAGGUGGUUAUACAGAAUAAUUCUUGGGCUUAUUCCACUUGCGAUCUAGAGAGAAUGAACAGGAAGUUGGUUAGAUGAACAGAGAAACAAAACUGAAAGCAAAGGCUCACGGAGAGUGAGAGAAAGUGAAGGAAAAUCUACAUAACAAGCUCUUAUUUGUGAACAAAACGAAUGUGUUAAUCUGUGAUUGCCAGAUAGCACCUCACUGCUGUUUAAGGCUUGUCUUUAUGGUUGAUGACGGAUAAAAUAGACUGCAUGGUGGGAUUUAUUGCUUGGUUUUUUUUCUCGGGUAGGCGAGAAACUGAACAGGACGCACAGCAGUGAAUGAACAUACAAGGGCAGACCGGAGAGAUGGUGCAGCCCACCGAAGGCCCUGGCGUGGACUAUGCCCCAAGUGGAGGGGGUCCAGGGAAUUCUUUGUUAGGAAUGCCAGACGCCUUGCCUCAUGAGCUUGCUAACCAUGAACUCUUUCAGCGUCUAUUAGCUGAGAACCAAGACUUAAGAGGUGAGAGACCUGAUUCCAUUAUUAAACGCUCUAGUCCUUCAAACAUUUCAAUGCUGGAGUUGGUAUAUUUAUAGUGGCUCCCUCAAAUGAUUAGUGCUGUCAUCAUAUCAGGUUAACAAACUCAACUUUGUGUUGCCUGAAGAUCUAGAAUGACCCUAUAACUUCUUCCCAUUUGUCGGUGUUGGCAUUGUUCUUAGUUCAUGACCCUUUACUUUUAAGCUCCUAGUGUAAAAUAAUUUUAUUCAAUCCCAUUUUAUUGAUGAACCCUAAUCUAUCUCUAAUGCAAGCCAUGGGUGAUGGCGAUGAGCCACCUUUGCAAAUCUGACCCAAUGAUAUUUUCUUUUAGUAAGAUCAAACAGUAUCACAUUCAGGGUUAUUCACAAAACUCAGAAUUUCAUGAGUUCAUUCAGAAUGGCGCAACUGACGCAAAAAUAGCCAGGUUGCGACUUUGGGUUUGAUUAAGAAUUUUUCUAGAUCAGCUAUUGGAGCUACAUGGAAUUUAUUGUGUGUAUGUUUAUAUAAAUUAUAUAUUUCAGUUUGGGGAGUUUACCAUGUAAUUUUUGCUCAAUAGAUGCUUUACAGCAAAGCAACACUAUGCUACGCAAACGGCACACUGAGAUGCUGGCAUUGCAGGACGCACAGAGGAACGAGCAUCAGUUCAUAGCAUCUAGAUUCAGUGAAGCACGGGACUUGGUCCAGAACCUAACCAAGGAGCGCAACUCCUUGCAAGCUCAACUCGAACUGGCCAAAAAACAACUACACCAGGUCAUAGCUAAGGAAGAGCAUGCUCCAGGACGCACAGAGGUGGAAAGGAGGCAGCUGGCUGAGGUUUCUGACACAAGGCAUCCAGCGAAUAAAAACGAAGAGGUACUGUGCAUUCAUACUUUUUAGCAGUAAUGGAAUCCCAGUAUGUUUCUUUAGUUGUAGUAAUAUAACAUACUUUCACAGGCUCUUCAGUUCCCUCCAUCCGCGUUGUGCUUAUUGUUUCAGUGUCUUGUGGCUCAAGUCCUACCCUUGUUGAUGCCACCCCACACGUAUGCAUGACUCUCUAUAUUUUAGCCAAAGCCAAUGACUCUUCCAUAACUUGUAUAUGCCGUGAUGGGUGGCUUGUCUCCAUUUCACCAGCCUAUGGCACCCUCCCUCUAGCUUCCACCUGUCGUUUUAGGCAUUCAUCACCAACAGGGUUAUUUCCUAAAAUGAGAAUUUAAAAGGAAUUUCAAAUUUAAGGUCAAAGUAGCCAAACCGGAAAAAUUCUCUGUCGGCUGUGCUUUAAUUUCCGCUACUUUGGUCUUAAAUUUGAAAUUCACUUAGAAUGCUCGCUUUCGUGAAUAAUCUUAUUCCCAGAGUCCUUUGCGUAUCUGGGCCAAGGCAUGCAUUUGUUAAAUCGCUUUUUUAAAUUGGUUUUAUUUGCUGCAUUUUCUGCUUGGCCAGUCAUUCUUUCUGUUCUGCCUGACGCCUCGGUUUGGCCCCUGUCUGACCACUCUGCUGUGAUUUGUUAGGACAACACCAGCCCAGGGAGUUCUUUAUCAUCCUGUGAAACUCUCACUCACAGUAUGUGUGAGACGAUCAGGAAGUCAGCACCAGACCUUGUUGGGCCAACCCGAUCCGAGCAGGUGAGACAGAAACCUAUCCUUUGUCUGCAUACAUAACAUGGGGUAGAUAUAUUUUGGGUUUAAUACAUAUUUCAUGCACUCACUGUGAAAGGUUAGAAGCUAAGCAAAACAUUCCAAGCUGACAUAAUGCGUUACAAAAUGUGCAAUGAAUAAAAAAAAGUACAUUUUGAAGUCUCUUUGCUGCCAAUCCCCUGGGAUUCUUGGCUUCUGCAGUGUCUGUAGCUUAGCGAAUUCUGACGCUCUCAUAAUAUUCUGUGGUAGUCAUAUUCUCUAGAACCCUACACCGCAAUGUUGUCUUAAAACAAAGGUGGUUUCUGGGAGUGUUACUUUAACUAUUGAUCACAGCCAUGCUCCCCCCUCAAAUAAGGCUUACAAGCAUCCAUCCUCCCUCUCUGUGCUAGUAGCCAGUGGGCAAAUGGUUAAAAGCAUAAAUGAUGAAUAAAAUAAUUUUACAUUUAAUGCAUAAUCUAAAAUUAACUAAACCUGUUUUAAUUAGAGAAUAGUGGAGCUCCUUCGCCCCGAUAGUCAGCUAUCAAAUGGUUCCGGUUACAGUUCUCCAUAUUUUUUCUUAAUUUAUUUAACACUACUGCCCAGCAAACGACAUCCUGUACAGAUGUGUCAUUAUGUGAGUUAAAUAGAGAGCUCUUGAGGCUUUGUCUCACAAAGCCAGGGUUUGCUAAACAUGUGCUACAGAAACACAUGGUUAGCAGCACUUGUUACUCCCUUACCUGUCCCUUUUUGUGCAGGAAAAGCUACACUUGCUAAUGGAAUCAAACCUCAAACUCAGACAAGAGAAAGAAUACCUUACUGGCACCCACAGCACAAAGGAAAUCAGAAUGAGGGUGAGGGAGUUAAAAACAUCCACUGCUUUAGAUGAUAUGUCCUGCAUGCUGACAAACACUUACCUGUCUUGUGCUAUUUCAGAUAGAAACAGGUGACAGGGAUGCACGCACCGAGGUUGAUAGCUUGCAAGGAGCUGGAGAGAGGUGAGUUCCUAGCCUGACAGCUUCUCUGUAUACUUAGCUGAGUGAAUGGAGUGAGAACCUCAUGGCUGGUGUCUUUCAGGAACAUCCGACUAGAGCAGGAAUUUCAGAGGAAGCUGCAGGAAGCUGAAGACCAGUGAGUACUAAAUUCUAAAAUCUUCUUAAUAAAAUAAUUCUUAGGACAUGUCCUAUGGUGAACAAGUUCUGGAGUAAUGUAGCUUUAACCCGUUAUGUAUCUGUGAGCCUCUGUGCCAGAAAUAGAAUUUGUCCAUACAUUUUCUACACCAAUACCUUAUCUAGAAUAACCGUUUUUGUAGAGUGAAAGUGUCACUAAAUGAGCAGAGCAUAAAUGUUGUAGAAAUGGUUGCAAGGUAAAGAAAUCCCAACCGGAGAAGCCACGACAGAGGGGUGAUUUCAGAGACUUAUUCUGCAAUGCACAGCGCUCUCCUACAUGGUGAGCUGCUCGGACUCUUCAAAAGCGUUUUCUGUGGAAGCUUGAGGAUGAGUUGCACCUGCUCAGUCAAAACAAAUUAAUCUCCCACAGUCAGCUGAUUUCUCACCGGUAACCAUGGCUUUAUUAAGGACCCUGCUAUCUGUCUACCAAAAAUAACAAUAGCUGAUGUUGCAGUGCUCCAGCCUGUACUCUCCGGCCUCACGGGUCGGCUCAGGGCAGUGAAAGAUAUUACAAGCGGACACACUCCAAGGCUUAUAUCUCUGGAGCACUUAGGUGUAGCACAUCCUGGGCAGCACAGAGGAAAUUGAGGCUGCAGAGCUACUGCACUUUCAGAGAUGGCUAUUUACGGACUUGCUAUCGCCUACACAGUCUAAAAACAUACAUCUAGAGGACUUCUUCAGGCUCCCUAAACCAGCCAAAGCACUCACCACAGCUACAAGAGAUGUGAUGGUCCAAUUCUAAAACAAGGAAAAGUCACUUCUUCCCUUUGAAUCAAUACAACUUACCUUCUUUGCUGACCUUUUAAAUGGAAUGGUAGCCUGGAAGAGAUCUGAAUGAGUCUGCAACUACCUGAGCCCUAUAGCUUGUCUGUGACACCAGGCUUCCCAAUGGUUUCAAAGUUUAUUUUGACCAUAAUGUUUGUUUUAAUGCUGAAAUGUAAUUUGCUCCAUCACCUUAUAGCUCUGUUUACUCCACAAAGCUCCUUUAUUCCACUUAACACCCCUUAAGACUUUCAGUUAAUACGGCACUAGUCCUGAUAUCUGUGAGGUGGUUUCCAUAGUUCGUUACCUCUUUCCUUUUCUCUUAUUAAGCCAUAUAGUAUACAAUCCCAUUGGUGGUUUUGAGACGCCCUAAAGGUAGAUCCCCAGAUGUUGUAGAACUACAACUCCCAUGAUGCUUUUGCAUGCCUUUUAGAAUUACAAAGCAUCAUGGAAGCUGGUUUUUAAAACAUCUACCUUUUGGGCAACCCUGCACUAGAGGUUAGCAAAUGACACACACACACACUCACACUCUCUCUAGUUCUCCCUAUCGUCUUCUCAUAUUCACCAAUAUACUUGUGUUAAACUGCUGAUAACUCUGGAUUUCUCUGUUUAAUACUUGGUGAUGUAUACUCUGUUGGUGAAUCGUGCAAAAAUAAAGAAAAAUAUUAAUAUGAUGCGGCCUGUUUACAAUUUACCACUUCCUCCUACAGGGAAGCUCUUCUCCAACAACAGAUUGUAAACCUUCAGGGAGAAAUGUCAGAACUGAGACUUCAGAUGGCAGAGAAAACAACAGAGUCUCAAAGACAGCUGCAGGUGACAGUAAAAUUGACGUGUUAAACACACACAAGGGCAUGCUGGCCCUCCAGAUGUUUCUGUACUACAACAUGAUUUCUGGAUAGUUGGUGUGCCUUUAGGGCUUUGUUGGGAAACAUUGGAUUAGAAAGUCUAUUAUUUUAUUUUUUUAUUACUUGUAUGAACUUCCUUGUUCAGUCCUAUAAGUGCUUAAAUAAGCUACGUGGUAUUCAGACUAAACUUCCCAAUGUAACAUUGCAGCUGCUGGCUGAAGAGAAGGUGUCUGUGAAAGCCCAAGUGACCUCUCUGUUAGGGGAACUGAAAGAGAGUCAGCUCAGCCUGGAGACCAGCACACAGGAGAAGAGGAAACUGGAGGAGAGGUAAAUAAAUUGGUAAAAUCAAAAAUGCAGAGAUUCCUUUUAUAAAAAUAAAAUUCUGAUUCUAUCCAAACCGAGAUAUUUUAUGUUUCAAAUGAGUUUGUAGCAUUGCUGUCUAGUUUACACUGUAUAGAUUACCUGCAGCUGUUCAGGCAUACACUGCCUAUCCGUACUAUGAAAAGACAUUUUUUUUAUAUACUUUAUUUUUUGCAGGAUUUGCCACCCCCAAUUUGGGCUUUUUUUUGUUUUGUUUUUUAAAUUGUACAAUACCGAUGUUUAUUAACCACAACAAACUGGCUAAUAGUUGAUCCCUUUUGUGUCUGAGCCAGGCAGUGAAGAAAAGGGCACUUUUUUUUGUUUUGUUUUUUAAAUUGUACAAUACCAAUGUUUAUUAACCACAACAAACUGGCUAAUAGUUGAUCCCUUUUGUGUCUGAGCCAGGCAGUGAAGAAAAGGGCACUUUUUUUUGUUUUGUUUUUUAAAUUGUACAAUACCAAUGUUUAUUAACCACAACAAACUGGCUAAUAGUUGAUCCCUUUUGUGUCUGAGCCAGGCAGUGAAGAAAAGGGAAACUGUUUUGUUGUACUUGGAAUCGAAUGGAUAUUUGAUCUGUGGGCGUUUACUUGUUUAAGGGACACUAUAGGCACUCAGACCACUUCAACUCAUUGACGUGGUCUGGGUGCAUUGUCUCCGGUACCUUAACCCUGCAAUGAAAAGUUAUUGCAAUUUUUGAGAAACUGCAAUACUUGCCCUGGAGGGUUAACUCCACCUCUAGUGGCUGUCUACCAGAGAGCCACUAGAGCAGGGAUAGGCAACCUUUGGCACUCCAGAUGUUGUGUACUACAUCCCCCAUAAUGCUCUUGCACUUAUAAUGCUGGCAAAGCAUCAUGGGAGGUGUAGUCCAAAACAUCUGCCGUGCCAAAGGUUGCCUAUGCCUGCACUAGAUGGACCUCUGGGUCAUUAGGCAACUUUUGGACAUCAAGCGUCAGCUAAAACCCCUUAAGAAAGCAUUAUACAAGGCUUUCCUGUGGGGGGAAGUCUUAAUGCGAGCAUGGCACUCACUGCACAUGUGCAUUAGGUCCCCUCGCCGUUGAUGUCAGCAGGGGAGGAGCGGAGGCAGAUCCUGAACCAGUGCUUAGUGAUAUCGGCACUGCAAUCAGGUAAGUGACAGAAGGGGUUUUUAACCACAAUGGAGAGGGAGGCGCGAAGGAGGGGGGUCACUAUAGUGACAGGGAAAACAACUUUGUUUUGCUGUCAUUAUGGUUUCCCUUUAAAGCUGCACUUUAAAAAAAAAAAAAAAAAAAACAUUCUAUAGGAGUCUUAACUUGGGAAAAUAUAUAUAUAUUUUAUUUUUGUUUCCUGUUUGCACACAGCACCGAUGACUGUAUUUUAUAUGAAGUUAAUGUGUGCGAUAGCUGGCAUUUAAUUCCCACGUGCUGUCUCUAUUUUUAGCAUCCGCAGUACCCGCGACCAGCAGAAAGAAUGGGAAGCGCAAGUGAAGCAGCACGUCAUACAACUUGACCAACGCAGGUUACAGGUGCAAAAUCUAGAAGCCGCUUUGAAAAUAGAGCGUCAGAAUGCCUGCGAGGAAAUGUGAGCAUAAGUCAAUGUAUAGUCUCUCUGCAAAUGAAAACUGGGGUUAGAGAAACAUGCAUACCUCGCUAGUGCGGCGGUUUAGGUUCUAGACUGCGGUUAUAAAGCAAAACACAGGGUUGUGUAUAUUCAAGUGCACAUGUUUAUACAGUAUAUGUAGACGGGAGAAAACAAUGUGAAUGGUAUAAUUUAUUUUAUUUUUUUUAAAUGCUACCACCAUAAAUAUUGCUAACCUUAAAACCGUGGAGAAUCAGCAUCUGAAUAGAAUUGUGCAGCACUGCAAAGUACAUUAUUUGGCCUGAGGACAAUUAAUGUAUGUUAACUUCAUAAUAUCUCUGUUCUCAUUAUCGGUCUGAUGAUAAAAUUAGGAUGAUCAAAAUUGUAGUUCGAGAAGGUUUGAAACACACAUUAACUGUUCUCCGUGGUGGGUCUCUCUGUAAUCAUACUAGCAGUGCUGGAUCACCUGAUAAGAGCGCAGGUAAAUCACCAAUUUCUUUGUUAUACACAGCGAUUCACCUGUGGUCAUGUCAGUAGAGAAAAGAGGAAGGGAAAACAAAUAAAAACACACCCAGCAUAACUGCUAGUUAUUCACUACAGUUAGAUUUCUCAAGCAUUUAAAAUGAAUUUCAAAUUCUAAGACUGGAAUAGCUGAAUUGGAACCAUAGCCGACUUGAAUGUUUAAUGUUACAUUUUAACUUCACAUUGAUUUCUGACUUUAGUGAACAACCCUUCAACUUAACCUGCACAUUGCUUAUAAUGUACAUGGAUUGCCGUAAUGUUAAGUGAAUGCGAGCUAAAUCGAUCUCUCUUGUUCAUCUAGGAGAAAGCUAGCACAGCUGCAGGCCGCAUAUCAUCAGUUAUUCCAAGAAUACGAUGCCCAUAUCAAGAAAAGCCUACAGCUGGAAAAAUGUCUCCAGGUGGGAAGGAAGGCCAGCACCUGGCAACGCUGCGUCUAUUAUGUGCCAAGGGUUAAAUAUAGAGGGUCAACGGGUCAUUAUAGUGUAUACAGGGCAGAGAGGAGGAAUAUAUUAACAGUUUCAGCACCUGAAAAGUACCGUGUACAGGACUGACAAGUUGUUUUACAGGAAACUGUACAGCCUUGUGCAUAAGAGGAUUUUUUAAAUAUAUUUUAAUAAAAUUAUAUUUAUUUUUACAUUAACUGCCAGUGCAGGAGCUAUUACUUUCUGAUUUAAUUUUGCAAUCUCUGUAUUUUCUCUCCUAAUUAAUAUCUUAAUUUGCGCUGCUGCUAUUGCAGUGUCACCAUGCCUUUUACAUUUUUUAAACUACCAUUCACAGGUUAACAAAGGUCUGAUGGUGUAGAUUUAAGGAUUAGAUGUGCCUUGGCUUACUAUCUUAGGCAGAAGGCUCUAGGGUAGUAAGCUUUAGCAGUUGAAUCUGGGGUUAGUCAAUAUGUACACACCAAAUAAAAUGCAACAUUAAAUAGAAGCAGUGUGCUAACAGAAUUGCCGUAUAGAUUAAACGCUGUGCUUGCUUCCUGGUCUGUGCACUAAGGUUCUUCAACACACAAGGCUGAGCAUUCACCAAUUGUCCUGUCCUAUAUGAGGUGUAUGCCUAUUCUAAGACCAUGGAGAAGGAUGCUCCAAAUUUCUUCCACCUCUAACACAGUAUCUGUUUGCCAGCAUUUUGUCUCACAUAGUGUAUAGAUAGCUUAAUUCCUGUCAUAUGUGUGCUAAGUGCAUAUUUAGCCAUUGCGAGAGUAGUAUAUACAAAUAUUACCGGAUCAUUAAAUGUCAGAAGCAGUUUCAUUUUGAAGAUUGGGAAAUCCAAGCACUGGUAGAAGAUGACAAAAUCCUUGCUUGGAUCCCAGCUAGAUCAAUAUGCCUGGUGCAGAGAAGAAGCUGCUGUCUGAGUUUCUACACCAUCUCAUUAAUGAUAUUCAAGGACUUCCCAACAACUCAGAAAAAGAACUAUCUAUAUUUUCUCCCUUUCAAAGUUCAAAACCUUUUCCGUCCUUCCAGCUGUUGACAUUAUGUACUAAGACUCAUUUAGGCACUCCUAUUCACCGUGGUGUCUUGUAAAUCUUCUAGGUGAAACGAUUUACAGUUUAUCUUGGAGCCCCAUGUAACAAUGCAAAAUAUUGUUUUUCACAGUUUUAUCUCCUCCUGUAAUGUGUAAUGACAGUCAGGUGCUGUUAUGUGUUUAUAAAACUGUACCUCAUUCCCCAGAGGUUUGUUUAAUGUCAGACACAAGAUUAGGUAUCAGACUAAGCUCUGUAUCUACCAGUAUUCUGCAGGUAAAGAACUCUGCCUCCUGUUACACUUAUUGAUGAAAGGAGUGUUUUCAGGGCUGCAUUUAAUCACAUUAUUCCAAUAUCCUGGAAACAAAAUUAUAGGAAACGUUUUCUAGAGCCAGUGGCCACAUAUAAAGAGAAGAUCUGAGCAUGCUGUCUUAUUUUACAUUAGGUACCUGCUACCUACAGUACACGUUAGAUGAUCAUAUUUAAUGGAAAACAAAUACUAACUCCCCUCAGCUUUUCCUUUGAGUACAGACAUGACUUCUCUUCAGCUGAUCCAUACAUUCAGAGAGUUCAAAAAAAAUUGAUAUGAUCAGAUCCCUGUCUCUUAAAAUGGCAGAGUAUAACCAGAUUGUUUCCUGGGUUACUAGACCUCAAUUAAACCUGGAUCAUGGUCACCGACAAGUGCUGAUUCUUUCCUGGUAGCACCACUUAUCUUGGGCAAGAGUGAAGUUACUAUUAAUACCAAUUGGAACUGGUACAUUUUGGGAACAGCAACCCAAGUUGGCGGUGAGAUGAUUGUACACUUUGUAUUAAGCCACACUCUUAUAAACGGAAAAGACGCCACAAAAAAAACCUCUCCACUAAACAGUUAUUUAAAUGUCGUGUGUAGGAAGAUAAUCAUUCAUAUGAUGUGAAUUAAAUGCAGGAAUGUGAAGUUCAAGUGGCAGACCUGACACAGCAGCUGCAGGAGGCUGAAGAGGCUUUAGUGGCCAAGCAAGAACUGAUAGACAAGCUGAAGCAGGGUUCGGAGGAGGUGCAGGCGAAGCUGGACAGGAUCCCUGUCCUCGAAGCACAGGUAGGUGGUGGACAAAAUUCACAUCUGCCAUUUAUAUAACACAUGCACUAGGGAAGAUUAACCCUGGUGUGCCUUUUUUUUUUCCCCCUUCCAGGUUUCCAUUUAUCACGAAGACUUUCAACAGGAGCGUGCCGCUAGAGGCAAGUUGCAUGAAGAGAAAGAAAAGCUACAGGAAGAAAAAGAAAAGUUGCUGAAACAGCUAGAGGAUCUACAGCGAGAAAGGUUGAGAAACCCAUUCACAAGGCACAGAUAGGUGUUGUCUUCCCCUAUGAAUGUGUUUCUAACGUGUAUUUUGUUUCAGGACACGGUUUCAGGACAUGCUGAACAGACAUGUUGAUAACCAACUAGCCAGCCAGCCUGGUGCGUUACAGUUUUAUCACUCAUUCAAUACCUAUUAACACUAUUGUUCAAGUACUAAAAUCCAUUUCUCUUUAACAGGACAUUAUCCCAAUCCAGGUCCUCCUGCAUUUGUGGCUGAACCACAUGAAUUCUGCUGCCCGAAAUGUCAGUACAUUGCCCCUGAUAUGGACACAUUGCAAAUACACGUGAUGGACUGUAUACAGUAAUGCUUCCAAACACUAUUGAUUACACUGCCCUGGACAAUCUGACACCAUCAAUACAAGGUUUUUUUUCUACUAGCUGAAUAUGCUUAAUUUUUAAAUCCCAUUCAUAAGAUCGAAGGAGUGGGGGAACCCAGAAUUUACAUUUUCACAAGUCUGAUUUUAUCAGUGUAAAUACCUUUUAAUUCUUUAUGGCUUGAGGGAACUUGCUCAUUGCAUAUAAAUGAGUUAUUUAUAGAUAAGCACAGUUCUGGUCAAACAUGUACUUCUUUAAGAAUUGGGAGGGAGCCUCUGUAUAAUUAUACUGAACGCCAGUGUUGACUGAUGGAUUUUUUUUUAAUUUUUUUUUUAUUUCUUUUUAAAUAAGUGCAAUUGGGAAAAACAUAUGGAUAAUCUGUGCCUUUCUCUCACAAAAAUAAAUAAAAAUGUGCUGCUAUAACCAGUUUGUUUUGUGGGGGCUACCAAGCAUACAAUGAUGCAAAAUGCAAUAUAGAUUUUUGCAUAAAAGCAGUUUCUAGUGAAUUCAUAGCCCAUUUUAAAUGCUGUGUGUAGAGCUGGUUCUUCCUGUUAAAAGGUGGCCUGGAAGUAAAGAUCAGCCGCUGAUCAUUUUUUUUUUUUUUUUCCUUUUUCACGUAAGCCUUGUAAUGCAUUGUGUCACAGCAUGCCCAGGGGGUGGGGGGAAUAAAUAAAACUAUUACUUAUCAGUCCAUAAUUUACCCCCCUCUCCUCCAUUUUUUUUUUUCAGUCCAUAGUUUACACCCCCCUCCCCUAUAUUUCUUUUGAGCUGAAACUUAAAGGGACACUCCAGGCAACCAGACCACUUCUGCCCAUUGGAGUGGUCUGGGUGCCAACUCCCAUCACCUUUAACCCCGCAAGUUGCUGUUUUUAUAAACUGCAAUAAUUAUCUUGCAGGGUUAUGCCCUCCUCUAGUGGCUAUCAGCCACUAGAGGGACUUCCGGCUUCUUAGCACACAAAAAGUGUUUUAAACGACGCUGGACAUCCUCACGGUAUGCAUGAGGACCUCCAGCGUCGCCGGAAUCCCCAUAGGAAAGCCUUGAAUGAUGCUUUCCUAUGGGGAGCUCUAAUGCGCAAAGGCGGCCAUUGCCAUGCAUGCGCAUUAGGUCUCCCCCUUCAGCAGGGCAAGAGCAUGGGCGGAGUCUGACCCAGCGCCAACGAAUAUCGGCACUGGAUUCAGGUAAGUCACUGAAGGGGUUUUAACGGCUUUCUAUGGAGACGUGUUGUAUUGGUUGAUCACUAAUAAUCUCAGAGAAGUGGCCACUAUAAGACCAGCACGGAGACUCAAAAGUGGGGGGGGGGGAAAAAACAAACUUGAUUUCCACUUUUAAAGGGGGACCCUAUAUUGGAUAGAACAAAACAGAGAUAACAGCCCCAGUGAAGCCUGCAUCGUUUAGAAUAAGAAAUAAUUCUAAUGCAUAACACAUGGUCAUUGAGUCGGUUCUACAAAGCAUGAUGUUUAUUGAAAAGACAGGAAGUCCUAACAAGAGGUGACGCUGUCUUUACCAUCUUCUGAAAGCAUCAGCCACUUCCAGCCCAAUGAUGGGUUUAAAAAGAAAGCAACUUCAUGGACAGAGGAAUGGUUCUGGGCAGCUAAAAUCACCUCUACUCACUCAAUCUCAGUCCAGCUGCUCAGGCCUAGAGCCAAGAUUAGAAGUGAGCGAUGAAAAAAAAAAAAAAAUUAAGGCUGUGCUUCCCGUAAAAUUGAAUUAGCCAAAUUAAAACAUCAAAAUCAGCCAAUCACCAGCAGAUCCAUUCUCAGAUUAAAUAUCUAAUUCCAGCUGCAGCACACGCAUAACUAAGUCGUCCUUCAUGGAAAAAUAAUUCUUGGAAGUUUAGCAUGAUCCAUCCAAGGUAGAAGUAUUACUAUUGUCACUGGUCCCUGCUCCCCGUGGGGUCACCUCGAUAAUCCUUGGCUUUUCAAUGAUGCGAGCUGAGCGAUUGCCCUUCUCCACUAUGCCAAUGAUCCAGGCUUGGUGACCCUCUCCAUGCUUUGGUGAUUUGAUUUCCGCACAAAAGCGGGCUGCCUGCUCCCGUGGCAGACAGAUGAGAAGACCUCCUG